AUGAAGAAAGCGUAUGAUGUGAUAAUAAUUGGUGCUGGACAUAAUGGUCUUGUUACUUCUGCUUAUUUAGCUCGACAAGGUCUACGCGUAUUGGUUUGUGAAAAACGAUCUGUUAUUGGUGGUGCUGCAUGCACAGAAGAAAUAAUAAAAGGUUUUAAAUUUUCUCGGGCAUCUUAUCUAUUAAGUUUAUUUCGUCAAAAAAUAAUUGAUGAUUUAAAUUUACGUGAACAUGGUUUAAAAUAUUAUUUUCGUGAUCCGUCUUCAUAUACACCAAUAAAAAAUCUAAUUAAUAAUAAUCAACGUUCAUUAUUAUUAUCAUCAUCAGAUAAUCAAUUUAAUAUGAAACAAAUAGCUCAAUUUUCAAAAAAAGAUGCAGAAAAUUUUCAUAUAUAUGAAGAAUGGUUAACAAAAAUAUGUCGAGCUAUUGAUGAACUUAUUCAUUCACCACCACCUGAUCUUAGUCAAAUGAAUCAAAACUAUAAAAUUUUAGAUCGUUUUCGUGCUUAUAAUUAUUCAAUGAAAAUUUUCUAUAAUUUAUUCAGAAAACUUGGUCUCAAUGGUUCUAUGGAUUUAUAUCAAUUAUUAACUUCAACAGCAAGUCGAAUAUUAGAUAAAUGGUUUGAAUCAGAUGUUGUUAAAGCUACAUUAGCUACUGACGGUCUUAUCGGUGCUAUGCUCGGUCCAUAUGAUAGUGGGACUGGUUAUAUUUUACUUCAUCAUGUAAUGGGUGGUUUAGAUGGACGAGCUAAUGCUUGGUGUUAUGUUCAAGGUGGAAUGGGCGGUUUAAGUAAUGCUAUAGCAUCAUCAGCUCGUUCAUCUGGAGUCGAAAUACGUAUAAAUUGUAAUGUCAAUCAUAUAGAUAUAUGUAAUUCCAAAGUCGAAGGUAUUGUACUUGAUAAUGGUGAAGAAAUCAAAGGAAAAAUAGUUGCUUCAAAUGCAACAGCAUAUGUUACAUUUAAAGAUUUAAUUUUAAAUGAUAUUAUUAAAACAAAUAAAGAACUGGAUGAAUUAAAAAAACAUAUUUUACAAAUGGAUUAUACAAGUGGAACAACAAAAAUAAAUCUUGCUCUAUCAGGAUUACCAAAUUUUCUUGCUAAUCCAAAUAAAAAUAUUAAUGAACUUCAACCUCACCAUCAAUGUACGAUACAUUUGAAUAGUGAAUCAAUGUCUGAUUUACAAAAUGCUUAUCAAGAAGCAUUAAAUGGAAAGCCAAGUCAAAAUCCAUUAAUUGAAAUGGUGAUUCCUUCUUCACUUGAUCCAACACUGGCUCCGAAAAAUUGUCAUGUAGCUUUGCUAUUUACUCAAUAUACACCUUACCGUUUACCGAAUGGUAAACAAAUUGAAAUAACAAAGAAAUAUAAAGAAAAUUAUUAUCGAAAUGUAAUUAAUUCAAUUGAAGAAUAUGCACCAGGCUUUGAAAAACUUAUUAUUGGGCGUGAUAUGCUUUUUCCAUCGGAUUUAGAAGAACAAUUUUCAUUGACAGGUGGAAAUAUUUUUCAUGGUGCACUUUCACUUGAUCAACUUUACUCAUUUCGACCAGCAGUAUCAUGUUCAAAUCAUCGAACACCUAUUCAUGGUCUUUAUCUAUGCGGAAGUUCAACUCAUCCAGGAGGAGGAGUUACCGGUAUGCCAGGCUUCAAUGCAGCAACGGUAAUGCUUCAAGAUUGGCGACAUUUUGUUACAAUUGCUACAAUUCUUGGUAUAGGUAUUCUUGGUCUACCAACAACAUUAUCUCACAGUGGUUUCGGACCAUUUCUCAUUUCUAUUUGCAUUAGUUAUUUUGUUAAUGACGAACAAGAGAAGGUGCUUGUUCAUAUAGAUACACGUGAAACACCUACAUAUGGAUCACAUUAUGAUUUGGUAGCUAAACGCGUAAUAUUUUUUUCUUGUUUAUCUAUAAUUAUUUUUAAUCAAUGUCUAUCAAUUGAAAUUUUCAAAUAUUUUCUAUUAUUACUUUCAACAUUUGAUUUAUUAUUAAUUAUUAUUGGUGAAACAGCACAUUUUUGGGAUUCAACAGUAAAUCAUAAAAGCACACUUUAUUCAAAAUGUUGUUUAAUAUUUGGUAUAAUUUUUAAUUAUUUUGUAUCAAGUCUUUUUCUUUCAAUACAUUCAGCAGUGACUGAUGAAAAUUCUCUUAUGAUUGAAAUAUGUCGAAUAACAACAGAAAAAACUUUUUUUUUUAGAAAUUUUCAUGUUGAAAAAUCUUUCAUGCCGACAAUGAUUGUUUAUGUUUUGUUUAUUUUAAUUGAUUUAUUAACAUUUUCAUGGAUUUAUAUAUCAUAUAGAGAUAUAUAUAAACUUAAACGAAAAUCUUUAGCAACUGUCUUUUUUUAUUCAUUAGUUUUUACAAAUUUUAAACAAUCUGAACGUUCAUUAAUGGUUAAUCAUAGUUUAAAACGUCUUCGUGCUGUGUGUUUAUUUGUCAUAAGUAAUAUAAUUGCUACUCUACCGGUAUUAACUAUGAAAGUUUUUAAUAUAUCAUUAAAUAUAUAUCAAAGAAUAUUUUUAAUUUAUUUUACAACAUUACCAUGGCUUGAUUGUAUAACAUUUUUAUUUUAUCAUGAAACGAAAGUUAUUAAGAGAAAUUGUUUUUCGAAAAAAAUUGUUUUAAAUGAAAAUGAUAAUCGUCAACAACGUAUUGGUCGACGUUUAAGCUCAUAUAGAGAGAGUACUAUUGUUAUUAUAACGCUUGUAGUUGGUUCGAAAAUUCAAAAUCCAGUGACAGAUGAUUAUAAUAGUAUUGGAGAUUCGAUUUUAAUGUGUACAAUAGCUUUACAAGGUUUCAUAAAUAUAAUGCCAAUGAUGUUUGCUAAACUUAAGCAAACAAGGGAGGAAAUUAUUGGUUUUAAUGUAGCUGUAUUUCUUGGUUUAACAACAUGUGCCAUUCUAAAUAUUCUUUGGUAUGCGAUCAUUAAAUUUAUUAUUAUAAAAUAG